AAACGGCCCAGAGUGGUACCUCAGAGAGCGGCGCGCAGGACUCACUGCAGCCAAGUCCCGCUGAUGCGCGAUGCCUCGUUUUACUGUACACAUUCGAGAUGAGUGGCUGGCAGUGCCCUGCCGGGACACUUCCAAAACCAUCCAGUGGCUCGGACAGGAAGCGCUUAAACGUUACAUAAAGAACAAACCGGACAACGGCGGCAUCACGGCUGUGAAAGACACUCGUUUUGUUGUGCGCAGGUGCCAGGGUUUGGGUCUGCUGGACGCGGAUGACACCAUCGAAGAUGUACUGGAGGAUAACGACUUUGUCGAGCUUGCUAUUGAAGGAGAUACCAUGUCUCCUGACUUUAUUCCGUGUGAACCGGGAGUUUCUCAUCUCACGGCAGCAUACAAAGAGCCUGAAGAGUAUAUUUCUUUAGAUGGCAACAGCCUGACGUCAACAGAUCUCAUCAACUUAGGCAGAGGACUCUACAAGAUAAAGCUGACUCCUGAGGCAGAAAGAAAGGUUGUGCAAUCCAGAGAGCUUUUGGACACCAUUGUCAAAGAAAACAAAGUUGUCUAUGGGAUCACAACGGGUUUUGGCAAAUUUGCCCGAACUGUCAUUCCUGUCAGCAAACUCAAGGAGCUCCAGGAAAACUUGGUGCGCUCACACUCAGCAGGUGUGGGGAACCCGUUAAGCCCAGAGAGGACCCGCAUGUUGCUCGCUUUGAGGAUCAAUGUUUUGGCCAAAGGGCACAGUGGUGUUUCUCUUGAAACCCUCCAGGCCAUGAUCCAGGCCUUUAACGCCUCCUGCCUCUCCUUUGUCCCUGAAAAGGGAACAGUAGGUGCUAGUGGUGACCUGGCACCCCUCUCUCACCUGGCCCUCGGACUCAUGGGAGAGGGAAAAAUGUGGUCUCCCACGAGCGGGUGGGCUGAUGCCAAAUACGUCCUGGAGGCACAUGGACUAAAGCCAAUAUCACUAAAACCUAAAGAGGGUCUGGCUCUGAUCAAUGGGACACAGAUGAUUACCUCUCUAGGGGCAGAGGCCGUGGAGCGAGCCCAGGCGAUUGCCCAGCAGGCAGAUAUUAUUGCUGCUCUCACCCUGGAGGUGCUAAAGGGAACCACCAAGGCCUUUGACAGUGACAUCCAUGCACUGCGGCCACAUCCGGGGCAAAUAGAGGUGGCUCAACGCUUCCGCUCACUGUUGGACUCUGAUCACCACCCAUCCCAGAUUGCAGAGAGCCACAGGUUCUGUGACAGAGUCCAGGAUGCCUACACCAUGCGGUGCUGUCCUCAGGUUCAUGGAAUUGCCAAUGACACAAUUGCAUUUGUCCAGAAUAUCAUCAACACAGAAAUCAACAGUGCCACUGACAACCCUAUGGUAUUUGCAGAAAGAGGUGAGACCAUUUCAGGUGGGAAUUUCCAUGGGGAAUACCCAGCUAAGGCUCUGGAUUUUUUAGCCAUUGCAGUCCACGAGCUGGCUUCAAUCAGCGAAAGGAGGAUCGAGAGGUUGUGUAACCCCUCUCUGAGUGAGCUGCCUGCCUUCCUCGUCAACGAGGGUGGACUCAACUCAGGCUUCAUGAUUGCCCACUGCACUGCAGCCGCCUUAGUUUCAGAAAACAAAGUUUUGUGUCACCCAUCAUCUGUGGACUCUUUGUCUACUAGUGCUGCCACGGAGGACCACGUGUCUAUGGGAGGAUGGGCUGCUAGGAAGGCCCUGAGGGUAAUAGAGCAUGUGGAGCAAGUCCUUGCUAUAGAGCUGCUGGCCGCAUGUCAGGGCAUCGAGUUCCUCCGCCCACUCCGUACCACCACUCCACUGGAGAAGGUCUAUGAACUUGUUCGCAGCGUGGUCAAACCGUGGAUUAAAGACAGAUUCAUGUCGCCUGAUAUCGAAGCGGUUCACCGCCUGCUACUUGAUCAAAAGGUGUGGAAUGUGGCCAAACCUUACAUUGAGAAGUACCAGACAGAGUACAUCCCCGAGUCCCGCCCCGUCUCUCCCACUGCCUUUUCCCUGGACUCUCCGGCCUCCCCCAGGAAGCGUGUUCGCCACGAAUGAAAGCACACGCCAAACAAGUUUUUUUUUUUUUUUGGCAAUUACUUCAGUCACAAAAAAACAAAGAUCCUACACAGUGAUCUUGGUCAACACCACAGUUAGUCAAAAGUGUGUGUCCAUUAUCUGAGACCAACUGGAGCAGAAUGGGAGAAACGGAUCCUUACGCUUCACUGUGACACUUCACUGAUAAGAGCGGUGUGCAGGCUCUUUCUUUCUUGCAUCUGAGUUUGUUGGAUUUGUGAAUUUUCUAUUCCCAUUAAAGAAUUGUUAGAAAGUCACCCAAA